CUUCCGUUUCUCGGACAUCCAGAAAGCCGUCGGAUCAUUGCCGAGUCAACACCGACGGAAAAACCCUAAUUCGCAUGAAUACUCUAAUUUGUUCUUCUUCCACCAUUUUCAUUGAUCUUUUACGCAUAUAUAUCGUUUGACGAAUUCAAUUUUUGUUUCUUUCUGAAAUUCGAUAUGUCGUCGGAGAUCGAGGUCGAAGAAAAUACGGAUCAUGUUGCUGCUGGAAAUGCUAAUGGACCGAUCGGAGGAGGAGGGGAACUGCAGGAGGAGAGUUUGAAGAAUGACGUUUAUACUGCUGCUGCGUAUGGUGAUUUGGAGAAGCUUAAGAAUUUGGUCGAGACAGAAGGUUGCUCUGUUAACACGCCGGAUGAUCUCGGUUAUCGUGCUUUGCAGUGGGCCGCCCUUAACAAUCGUGCCGCCGCUGCUCAAUACAUCAUCGAGCGUGGUGCCGAUGUGAAUGCAGUGGAUCUUACUGGGCAAACAGCAUUGCACUGGAGUGCUGUUAGGGGAGCUACUCAGGUUGCAGAUCUUUUGCUUGAAGAAGGUGCUCGGGUUAAUGCAGGUGAUAUAUAUGGAUAUCAGACUACUCAUGUUGCUGCACAGUAUGGUCAGACGGCUUUUCUUUAUCACAUUGUCACAAAAUGGAAUGCAGAUCCAGAUGUUCCUGAUAAAGAAGGAAGAAGUCCUUUGCAUUGGGCUGCAUAUAAAGGUUUUGCAGACAGUAUACGUCUUCUUCUCUUUUUGGAUGCAUAUAGAGGGCGUCAGGACAAAGAGGGUUGUACACCUCUACAUUGGGCUGCUAUCAGGGGGAACUUAGAAGCAUGCACAGUAUUGGUGCAAGCUGGAAAGAAAGAGGAUUUGAUGGUGACUGACAAUACUGGCCUUACACCAGCACAACUUGCUUCUGAUAAGAAUCAUCGACAAGUUGCAUUUUUCCUUGGUAAUGCUAGGAGGUUGCUGGAAAAACGUUAUGAAGGGAUGUUUGGACGACUUUCAAAAUUAGGAUUAGCACCAGCACUUUUGUUUAUAAUAUUUGUGCUACUUUUGACCUAUAUCAAUUCAGUCAUUACGGCUCCAAAUUUGCCGAAGUUAACAGCUGCUUCUGCAUUUUUUGCAUGGAUUGGUAUAACAUUUGCCAGUUCAGGAUUGAUACUUUUCUAUCGUUGUAGCUGCAAAGAUCCAGGUUAUAUUAAAGCCAACAGGACUGAUUCAAAAGAUACAAGAGAUGAUGAGCCUUUACUGAAGAUUGAGAUACGUGACCCUGCUUUGCUAGCUGGUAAUUGGACUCAACUUUGUGCAACUUGUAAGAUUGUCCGGCCUCUUCGCGCAAAGCAUUGUCCAACGUGUGAGCGUUGUGUUGAACAAUUUGAUCAUCACUGCCCUUGGGUAUCUAAUUGCAUCGGGAAGAGGAACAAAUGGGAUUUUUUGUGCUUUCUUAUUCUGGAAGUUCUUGCUAUGGGGAUAACCGGCGCAGUUGCUCUUACAAGAAUUGUGACUGAUCCAUUGGCUCCAGCUUCUUUGGGGGCUUGGUUGCAGCAUGUUGGUAAUCAACACAUAGGUGUUCUAUUAUUUUUAGUUUCAGAUUUUUCCCUCUUUAUUGGUGUGGCGGCUUUAACUUGCAUGCAAAUUUCUCAGGUUAGUCGUAAUAUCACAACAAACGAAAUGGCAAACAUGAUGCGAUACAACUACCUAAGAGGACCCGGAGGUCGAUUCAGAAACCCAUAUGAUCAUGGGUGCAAGAAAAACUGUACAGAUUUCUUGAUAAAUGGUUACAAUGAUGACAUCGAGGUCACAGAAGAAGCAGCAGCCACUCUAUCUGACGGUAUCGACUUGAUGGAAAUGUCCAGAAGUCUAACUCUAAACAUUCAAAAUGGAAAUGGAAACGGAAAUGGGCACGUUGAUUUGAGCAAGAACCCGAAACCCAACACUCAUGUCCAUUCUUCUAGUUGCAGCCAUGGAAACCAAAGCAAACCAAAAACGGAGUCGGUUCCAUUAGGUCUAGGACUAGGUUUAGGCCGUGGUUCGCGACCCAGGGCUGCUUCAUGAUUAUAUACAGACACACACACACACGUAUAUGGCCCUUCUUCAUAAUUGGUAUCUAAACAUGAUAUGUUGUACCACUUGGUGUUUAUAGGGGUACACAUAUCAAUCAAUUUUCCAGAAUCAGAGUGAUUUACACUUCAUGCUUUACAUACACUGUUAUUGUAUCUCCAAAUAUUGUAUACACCUAUUUUUAAAAGCAGCAUCAAGAGUCAAAUUUUUUGUUUAUGAAACAUU